AUGGUGCAGUUCGCUUCCAUCCUCCUUGCAUCGUUCUGCGUAAAUUUCGUGGUCGCCAUCGAGACCCCUCCGUUGAAGGCUAUUCCUUUGCCUGAUGGGGUAUACGUCAGCAGCGUCCCAAGUGUACAUGGGCACCUCAUAUUCAAUGCUCAGAAGCAGACCUUCAAUAUCACGGCUACAGUCGACGCUUGCUACCUUGAUGUCAAGGGGAUGACGUUCUCUACACCUACUCCCACUGAGACCAAGUCCAAGUACACAUUGCUAUCGGUUAUGACAGACUGA